UUAUAUUAUUAUAUGCUUUCUUCUUCGAGAAGUUAAUUUUUUAUUAAAAAUCAAGUGAAAUUUUUUUCAUAAUUUCGCUGUCUUUUCAAUUAAGAUAUGCUACAUAUUGUUGCGACAUGCAUGUAAAUUUUAUUAGCGAUGGUGUUAUUCUUCGUUGGUCUAAUUUCUGUGCCGACCUGGUCUUGUACACGCGAAACACGCAGUGCAACAUAACCGCGAACUUAUCUGAUGCGCUUCCGAGCAUGACGAGGAGUUGCAUGACGCAACAUCCAAAUUUAUGAUUAAUCGAGCCAUCUUCCAGCGGAGCAAAUGUACGCACGUCUGUAUUUGCGGUAUGUUUCUCGCAGAUUCAGCUCAAGAAAAAACGAGUAUUGACAUGCAAACAGUAGCUUUCAUUAAGCGUUUAUUAAUAAAUUUAGUAUAUUUAAUGGUUAAAUUUAAAAUAUGAAUAUUUUUAUAAAUAUUAUGAUAGUUUACAGUUGAUUAAUGUAAAUAAUUUCUUUGAUUUGAUUGCCAUUUGUCGUAGUUUUUCAAUCAGCAUCUUUUUGAAAUAUUUUAGGAACCAGGUUAAAUUUGCAUUUCUAAAAAAUAAAAUUUACUAAAAUUUAACUGGAAGAGAAAAUUUCAUUGCAUGUAUCGACGCGUUUACAGACGUAUUGCGCGGUGGAAGGAAAAGACGUAAUAGUUCUAGGACGUAAUAUAUUUAUAACUCGCAUUGCGUAUAAGCGUGGUGGGAAAACCCAGCACACAUGGCAGAAAAUUUAUUUUUAUUGAAAUUGUUUUCGUAAGUUAAUUUACUCUUUAUGAGUCACAUUAUCUUCGAGAUAAGAUUCUCUUAUACAGACUUCCGCAAUAAACCCACUUUUCAUGUUCCUUUAAUGGUGUGCACAUUCCAGUGUCUUCCUCAUAGCACGAUCGUGGACUGAUCGAGCGCUAACUGACCCGCUUCGACCCGUGAAAUGCGAGGUAAUCGUCUGCUUAUCCGAUGCAUUUCAGCGCAUCGAAGUGUGUACGCGACAACCAAAUUAAUCGUGGUUCAAGCGAUAUUGUCAGCUCCGUUACAUCCAUCUACAUUUUUUUAGUGGUCCUCGCAUGAAGGCACGAUAGCACAUUAACUUAUUAAUUCUCAACGAGGAUGUAUUGCGCUUUAUCACAUCAAUCACUGCAACGUAAUCAAAUCGCAAGUGACACUUUAAUAAUAAUUACCGGUACCAUCGAUCUUCUUCCGUCAAAAUAUAGCCGAUCGAUUAUUUAAGCUUUCAUAAUAAGCCUGUAUUUCGUCAAGUCCAAGAAUGGUUUAUCGGUGAGCAGCGCGGAAAGAAAAAUAAUUAAAAAAAAAUAGUAAAAAAAGAAAAUCGCGAUCGUCGUUCCUCCGAUUCAUUUCCGAGCGCAACGACAGCAUACAUGACGCAACGUCCGAAAUUCGUGAUUAAUCGAGGACCCGAUGCGCCUUGCGGCCUUCCUGUUCCUUUUUCGGGCUGCACAUACGGCUUGUACCGUGCGCCGUGAAUCGCAAAGUGCGCCGCGUGCAUCGCGCCGCGCCACGCCGCACUCACGCAAAUGGGAUAUGAGCUCAGAGGCUCUGUUCAUGCGUGCACGCAUGUACGGAUGCUGGCCGGCCGCGGAAUAUAAUAGCGGUAAUACGAUGGAACUGGGGCAGUCUUGCUUUGACGCGCGUCUUAGGAGCUUCCACCUGCUGCGCCGCGCGAAAAUCGUCAGCCGCGAGGACGUCACUCCGCGCGAACUUUCGGCGAUACCGUUCCAUACGAUAAUCUCGAGGUCAGUGUCUCGUAAUGUGACAAAUGAAAGUACGUGGUUUCCUGUUACCAUGCGGCGAUUACUUCUGUGGCUGCACUGUUUGCUGCUAACCGUGCUGCUGGCACCGGUGCAGAGGGUCGCAGCAUGCAGCUGUGCGCCAUCCCACCCUCAGACUCAAUUUUGCGAAUCAGAUUUUGUCGCCGUGGUGAGGGUGAAGAAGGUUCUCUCCGUGAACGAGUAUGAGAUCGCGUACAAGGUCAAGAUAAACAGGGUCUUCAAGUCCAAUCCAAAGGCCGACGUGGCUCUGAUGCAGAACCUUUUAUGGACCCCGUCCUCGGAUGCGAUGUGCGGUGUGACACUGAAAGUCGGCGAGACUUACGUUCUCAACGGUAGGAUCGUCUCGGGGAAAGCGUUCAUAUCGUUCUGCGGACUCUCGAUAAGAUGGGCCGAUACGACCAGUAGGCAACGCAAGGGUCUCAGGCAACUCUAUCAGCAGGGCUGCGUGUGUGACAUUUUGUAUACACACUGGAGGCGCAAGGGAGCCGUGCUGGAAUCCAGUGGCGGAAAACGUUGCCUCUGGGAGAGCACACCAGGCCCCCAGGACUGCCAAGAAAAAUACGGCGUGUGCAUGGCAGCGCCCAGCGGCUGCUCCUGGGUUCCCUCGGUACCAUACAAAAAUUGCAUCAAGGAGUACCAGCGUCACCGCGAGCAGCAAAGAUCGCGGGAACCUUAACUGAUACCCUGAUAUCGGACACGGUUCUCGUAACGCGAAGCAGCUAAAUCUGUCAGUCGCAGACCUACGAGCGGCGUGUCUGCCAAUCAAUUUGAUUGAACGCACCGCAGAUAAUUGAAUCGCUGAGAGGCAAAGUGGUAAUACGACGAUAACUUAAUGAAAGGUCCUCUACAUAUUUGCCGCGCACUGAAAACACGAAAAGCCACUGCUGCGCGGAAUAUCCGAAUAAUAUAAUAAUCAUUUAAUACAUCGUAUGGUACACCGCACAGAUAUGUGGAGCACAAUUUUGUUUUUUCUAUAUAUCUUUAUUUUUAAAGUUUUAUCAAAAAUCAUUUAGCAGUCUUGUAAAUUCUAUUUAAUUUAUAACUUUGGUACCAUCGUAGAAUAAUCAGAUUUACCUAUAAACGUGAGAAAGUUAGAGGUCUUUGAAUUCCGGAAUUAAAAAUUUUAAAAAAUCUUAAAAAACAAAGUGUCAGAUUUGUAACAUUUUUUAUUUGGCGGAUGCGUCUAUCGCUGACGAUAGAGUAUUAAUCGUUUUGCUAAUUUACUAAUUAAGAUGUGACAUCUACAAUCUUUUAAAUUAUUUGCGACUUAGGUUCGAGCCGGUUAAUAACAUCCCGUAGUUUCGACUAGCUAUAACGUAGCAAAGAAAGGAAAUUUAGUUGAUUAUGGGUAAACUUAACCGGCGCUAGUGCAAUCGAGCCUUAAUUAUUCGAUUAUUAGUAAUGAGGGGUAAGUCUGUAGAGCUGGACAUUUCGAAAUGCAUACAUAUCCUGUAUGCAUUUCAUUACUGAACUAAUACGACAAAUGGGCGACCCACUUUCAUGGCUAUCCUCUUAAUGAGUUGUAUAUAUGAUAUUGUUAAUGUAUAUUGUAUAUCUUUAAAUUAUUCCAUAAAAAAAACUGUCGUUUCGUUGUACGUAGUUUUAGGCGUCGUUGAAACUUUACUCGUAUUUUAUUAUGUCUAAUGUUUUAUGUGCGUAUUUAUAAGUUUAAAUUAGAUAUAUUGCAGCGCGCUGCGCAUAGUUGUUGCUUACACAAAUUAUUAUUCAUGUUCCGUGCAUUAUCUGAUGAAAUGGACAGUUUCAUUGACUGUUUGAAUUCGCAGUUACAAACGAAAUGCGUUAUGAGCAUCAAUCGAAUCUGCUGUAAUCAUUAUCGCAUGCGAUAGUAAUUUCUUUCGUUAAAUAGAAGUUAGAACCCUAUGCGGGACGAAAUUUAGUACAAAAUAUGAUGAAUAUUAACGUAAUAAAAAUUUACAUUUUUUAUCAGAAGAAGAAUUUUGUAUGUAUAUUUUAGUUUAGAUUCUUAAAUGUGGUAAUUUCGUGUUAUAUUACUUCGUGUAUAUUACGAUAUGUGUUACAUCAUACAGAAUAAAGAUAAAUGGGAACAGUUGA